AUGUCCCCCGCGCCCCCCACCCUGACCCCGCACCGCCCCGCACGCGCCUCCACCCACUCAGGCCCCCAGGGGGCGCUAUCGCCCCACCCCCCGGGGCCUCGGACCUUUCCCCGCGGCCCCCAGGCGGCGCUGUCGCCUCCCGUCGGAUCGUUCCUGUUCUCGCGGCCCCUAGGGGGCGCUGCCACCCCCUUCCGCUCGGAUCUUUCCCCGCGGCCCCCAGGGGGCGCUGCCGCCCCGUCCGCUCGACCCCUCCUUCGCGGCCCCCAGGGGACGCUGUCUCCCCCCCGUCCGAUCUUUCCUGUCCCCGCGGCCCCUAGGGGGCGCUGCCGCCCGCCGUCCGCUCGGAUCUUUCUCCGCGGCCCCCAGGGGGCACUGUCUCCCCCGUCCGCUCGGCCCCUCCCGCGCGGCCCCCAGGGGACGCUGUCGCCCCCCGUCCGAUCGUUUCUGUCCCCGCGACCCCUAGAGGGCGCUGCCACCCCUCUUCCUCGCGGAUUUUUCCCCGCGGCCCCCAAGGGGCGCUGCCGCCCCCGUCCGCCCGGUCCCUCCCUCACGGCCCCCAGGGGGCGCUCUUGA